AAUGUCAGUGUCCUCGCAUUCAUAGCGGUGAGGAACAUGAGGAUGACGAAUGCGGUUUUGCUGAACUUCUUCAAAAAUAAUGGAUCAGCCCCAGUGGUGAUGCUGGCUGUGAUGUUGGUGGUGUCCAAUGCGGCCAUUCUCCUGGACAUUGUACUCUUUAUUGGCGCUUUCAGACGUUGCCGAGAUCUGGUGCAGUGCUGGUUGCAUGGACACGUCGUGGUGACCGGAGUCUACCUGGUCUACUUCUGGCUGGUGCUGACAGAACUGUUCCUCACUGGCUCCGUUCACACGGGCUUCUUGGUUCUGGCCGCAAACAUUCUCGGCAUAGCUGUGACCAUGGGUUUCUGGAUAAUGGUGCGUAGCUACCACCUCGACUUGCAGCAGAUCUUCUAGAAUACAGAGUCUGGGAGUUGCCGUCCAUUGAUUAGCAACAGUUGCGUCGCAGCAUCAUCGCAGCCAAGUGAUCCGUGUGACACUGAGAAGCUCUUACCAGGGACACUUCAUUCACCCCAACGAUGUACCAGCAAUCUCUAGACACGACGUACUUCUGCCACAGCUCCAGAUUUCAGACUCUCUUUUGCUGCCAAUCGUUCACAGUGUCACACCCGACAUAUACAGUACGAUCCAUUAAAUUAACUUUGAGGCUAAUAGAUGGCCAGCUGGUAUACCCCACAUGCUCAAGGAGUCGGUAGUUAUGUGGGCACUGAAAGUGAAAUAGAACGUGAACUUACAGAUUAAACUGGGGAGGCCAGUGGUGGUUAUAGCAGUUGGAGCAGCAGCUAUAGUGAAUUCUUCUGCCUAACUCUUGGUAAAACGCUAUCUGUGUAUUGGAGUACUUACAUAUAAAGGUUACAUAUCCAGUUCAUCCGUACACGCAGUUUCGUGCCUUACGCAGUAAUCUAUGAGUUUCCAUGUGCUUGUUGACACCUUGUGGAGCAUCUCAGGAGCUAUACUUGGGAAGGAUUCCUGGACAUUUGUGCGCAAUACUUCACUAAUCUUGUACUGAGAUUGAGCCAAAAAGUAAAUGAUUCUUCCCCCAUUAUGACCUGUCUGGCGUGGUAAAGUCUGGGCUUGAAGGUGGCUAUUUCAGUGGGGCUGGAGAUGUUGCUGUACCACAUCUAGUACAGUGGGCCCGAAGUUGUUUCUCGAUGAACUCACUCAUCUGAAUAGCAAAGUUUGUUGGAGCUCUGUCCUGCUGUAAACACAUGUGAUCCUUGAUCCUCUUGUCUUCGAGCUGAGCAGGGAUACUUAUAAAACAACUAUUUAUUUCUUCCCUUCUGCAUGGGCAAGAGAGUUACGGCGACUUCUCCAAAAGCCGUAGGAAUCAGGCAACACAGCGAGUAUGUGGCGCCAGAAAAGAACUGUGACUGUCUUACAGCUGGGCCCUACCACGCCACUCACAGAGACGUCAACCUCCAACUUAUUUUUAUCGAAGCAUAACCACAGAUAUAACAGGAAACUUCGAACACUCUCUGCGAUCAUCAGGAAACGAGUUCGCUCAAAACACUGCUAGCGAAAUUGUCAGUGCACCAAAUCGUGAGAUGGUUGGGAGAUGUUUGGCAAGAUCCGUCUGUGAUACCAUACCGAAAUAUUCCAAUUAUGCUAACGAUCCAUUUCUUCAACUUUGGCGAAUAUCUUCUGCUCUUCAGACACUCAAAUCUGAAUGCAUGUUCCAGAAAUCGUUGAGCUUAAGUACUAUGGUAAAUAUACGUAAUUUGUACACAAUUAGUAUAGCAAUGUUAAAAACGUGUAGUGAGUGAAAUGUUAGCUUUGAACCAAAUACAGCUCAGUCACAAUUAAAAUAACUUCAUUCUAGUCUUCACGUUUCGAAGACCCCCACCAUAAGGCCACAUCCUAAGCUACACGAUACUUCUUUUAAAAACUAUGGACUCUGUGUUUUAUUUCCUUUCUCACACGAUUACAUUUGGCAUGAUGAUCGGACUGUGGCCCAGAAAUUGUAGCGUACAGUAUAGUUAUUUUACAUGAGCUGAAAGAUAUUUUGCGUGGCUGCAAGGAAAAAUACAAUAUGGACUUGAAAAAUGACAGCAUCGACACAGAGAUUAUUAGAUAGGAUGCAGAUGAAAAAUCGAGAUCGGUGCUGUUUUUAGGAUGUCUGUAGAAGAUUCCUGGUGCUAUCCUAAGAUUCAGGUGAAACUUUUGUACUCCCCACUCCCUUAAGUAAUCCUUGUCACAAAAAUUCGGCCAUUAAGUCAACGUGGCAGCGAAAAACGUUUCAACCUAAAGACAUGAUGUGAAAGCUUGUCCCUCCCUAUGGUGCUAAUUUUAUAAAUGUUUGAAUGCAACAGUGCAACAAACAUUGACAUGUUCUAUCUACCAAUUAGAUGUCUCUGAAAAAUCUUUCACUACGUCACAGACACGCGACUAAGACUGAAUGUUUUACGUUUUAAGGUACUGAAUUUUAUAGCUAACAGAGUCACAGAUAGUUAUGAAAAGCCAUUAAAGUUUUCUACAGCUUGCCUUGUCCCAGUGGGCUUUAAUCCAAAUAACAGAAGAAAUUACGUUUAGUAAUUAAUCGUGCUAACAGGCAGUAAGUUCAUACCAUGGAGAACGGCAACACAGGGGCCUCUGGAGACGCAGAGAAUCGUGGUUUCCACGAGAUUGCAGACGCACUAGAGGUGUCGUACCUUUCGCCCAAUAGAUUGGGCUUUUCUUGUCUUAUCAGCAGUAGAUUGCGUAAGACGUAUAAUUCGAUAAUUUCCUGAAUGUCCUCACCAAAUUUCUUUAGCGUGCUCUAAAAACAGUACAGAAGUUACUUAAGGUGGGAAAUUUCCCGAUAAUGAUAUGACAAUCAAGCAAGAGUGCACAAUAUACUCUUUACAGGGCAGCUUACGGCAACAUAUAUAAUAAUACAUUUUGAAAGUUCCUGCAGAUGUACGCCAGGAGCACAGAAUCAUACGAAAGUGGAACGUGGACUACAUGAUAUCUGCAGAAGGAACUGGAGGUAUUGCAAAUUUUGUACCAUCUAAGAAUGUUUGAAACUCAGUUUGCAGGUAAAGCACGAAAUUCAUAUAUACUAAAAAAAAAGGCAAGGAAAGAAGUACUUUAUCUAUUUGAAUGAACUCCACUUAAUAUUCUUAAGCAGAACCGGUGACUUUUGCAGACAAUUCCCCUUUUGAGAGAGAGAGAGAGAGAGAAAGCGAUGGAAGAAACUGUGAAAGGUGUGUUAUUAAGUGGUUCUCUGAAAAUCAGGAAACACACUAUAUUCAAUUAUUUACAACAAACUGUCACGUCAGUAAUUGAUCCGGAACAAGAACAGGACUUAGUAAAAAGGCUAGAAUGCUCCAAAUCUUUGGAUGUACAUAUUGAUGAAAACUUUAAUUCGAAAUAAGGUAUUACUGAGCUGCUCAAACAAUUAAGUUUAAAUACUUUUCCUCUGUAUUAUUGCUAGUUCUCAAAUCAAACGGAUCAACCUCCCAAUGUUCAGUCUAUUCCCAUUCAGUCAGGUUUUAUGGAACAAUUUUCUGGUGUAACUCACCAAAUAGCAGAAAGAAUAACAUGUGGCGUUGACACGGUCAUCUUGUAGGUAACUCUUCAAGGAUUUUGGAAUUUUAAAUGGACUUCCACAAUUCACACACAAUUUAAAAAAAAACCAAUUGAUUUCAUGAAAUAGCAGAAUACCUAAAAUAAACAGGGAUCAGUAUUGAAAUGAAAAAUGAAAGAGACAAAUUCAGAAGUAAAAUUAUGAAUGCGAAAUUGGAAGUAAAAAAGAGAAGGAAACAGAAAAACACGGACAGUCCAAAGGGAGCAGAAACACAGACAAAGAAUGAAGAAGAGUUUUGGGAAAAGAAAAAGAAGGAAAAUAGAAAAACAUUAACAAUAAUGUAACAUUUAUGUUAACCACUGUCCUGGAGGGAAAAAGUUAAAGUUAUAUAUACAGGGUAUUCAAAAAAGAGUCGAGAUGUGAUAGUACUCGCCGAAACAAGAAAAGUAAGGUCUGGAAAUGCAUACUUUCUGCCAGAAACACGUGUUUACAGGAGGUGUUCAACGUGGCGUCCAUUCAUGACGGUUCACCCUUCUGCCCUCUGGCGGUAGGUAUGAUACACCCUUUGAAGUAUACCCAAUUCUUACUGUACCUGCUGGCAUGCAUUGAAGAUGCAACCCUGUACUGUCCGCACAUCGUUGAUUGGCGUGGCAUAGACCAUUUCCUUCAAGUGUUCCCAUAACCUAGUCUAGGGGAUUGAGGCCUGGGGAACGAACAGGCAAAGUUGUGAGGGCCCCCUCAACCAAUGUAGUGGUCUUGAAAUGUCUGCAUCAGAUGUUCGUACACAUUGUGACGAAAGAAUGCUUGUGUGCUGUCAUGUAUGAACACAUCUGUACUGGUUGCAGCAGUGGUACAGCCUCCACCAUACAUUAAUGAGGAAGUCCAAGUAAUGUGACCUUGUAGUAGCACGUACGGCCCUAUUAAUCUAUCGCCAAGUAUGCCUGGCCAUACGACGAUUCAUAAUUGCUUUGACAAUUUCUUUCUUGGUUACUUGGGGGUUUAUAUCUGCGGACUGUGUGGGGUCUUCCUCCGUCAGUCCUUCAAGGUACCUGUGUUUCUCAGAUGCUGAAAAAGUCUGGCGAACAGCUUAUCACAGGGCACUUUGGUGUGAGAAUAUUUUUCAACAUAGACGUCAUGGGCUUGCAGGCUACGUCAAUUUGCUAAAGCAUAGCAGAAUACCACAUCCACCUUUUCACUUCCAUUGCUAACAAGUGGUGGAAGAGAGAAAAUGUAAAUGUACUACACCAUUUGCCUGUACAGAAAGCUCAAUAACAGUUAACACGUAAAUGAAUCCUUUUGGAAGAAGGUAAAACACCAUGAUACAUACCCAAGGUUGACAGAACUGUACAAUAAGACAGAAAAUAAUGUAAGCUGAAACAUAUUCGUAUUUAUUAGUAGAUUUUUAAGUAAAGUAAUGCACAGUCAUAUUCAGAGUAAAAAUUCAAGUUUAUAAAACUCAGUGUUAUUAAGCAACCACAUUCCUUUUCAUUUCAGUUUAAUACAUCCACCUUCAAAAACUGAAAAUUGUAACCACUAGUUAAUUCAUAAUAUCCGUUUGGUAAAAUAAUUUUAAAUUUGUUAUCAAGCUCCAUUCAUAUUUUUUCUCCAUGUGUAGUAUUCAAAUAUUCACAACCUGUAAUAUAGUAUGAUUCAAUGACUUAUAACUCAUUAACGUUUCUAAAAGAAUUAGAACUGCUUUCAUUACUGAGCUUCCUCAAAAAUGAUUCCAUUUAUAUAGAUUAAAAAUUUAAUAACUCUAUAAAUUUUUAAUCUUAUCAAUGUGACUAAUGUGUGGGAUGAAUUUAAUUUCGACUUUUUCGUUGAAAGAAAUAAUAAAUCAAGAGAGGAACAAGUUGAAUAUAAUAUCUGCAAAGAAUAUUUUAAACCAUCUUUAACUAUAGAAUAUUUGAGAAAUGAGGAUUGUACUGACUGUAUGGAUGUAUUAAAGCUAAUUUAUAAAGAUGUAGAAUACAAAACAAAAUUUGUUAGUUAUGAGGAAAGUGAUAUAGAAACAUGGAUAGAAAUAUAAAAGUCAGAUUGUCUCCUUUUUAUGACUGCAAAAAAAUAGCAAAUUACAAUUUGCCAAUGAAUUACUUACCAAAACUAUUACAAAAUUGUAUUAAUAGCUAUUCAUUAUUUUCAAAAGUUUCUCAUUCAAUAACUAGAGCUUUUGAAGACAGCAAGUAUAAUAAAAAUAUACUAAUAAAUUUAUUUCAUUUGCAUAAGAAAUGUGCCAUGGAUUUUAUGUUUACCUUAGAAAAGAGAGCAUAGGGGAACAAUGCAGGACACCUGCACUGCUUCACUAGGCAAGGUCCUAGUGGAGGUGAAGAGCUUUUUCAAUAUCCAGAGUCUCCAUUUAUAAGGAAAAUUUUUUAUUAAUGUUUUCCUUAUUAAAUUAGAUAUGUUAUAAAUUGACUCAGAAAACAACAAAAGUUCUACAGGGGUUUAUACUGUUGAAAAGAUAGCAUAAAUGAUAUAUAGUACACAUUUAUUUAAGGUGUUUAUUUUUUAAAUAAUAUAAUGAUUAUGAAUGUGGAAACUGUACAGAAGAUGAUAAUAAUGAAUAAUGUCCAUAUUGCAAAGUAUUUAUUUUACUUUUCAAUACAUAUGUUUUUUCAUCGUGACAACUCAGUGCUUUUUUGUCUACA